UAUAAUAACUGACCGAAACUUUGAAGGAGGCACAAUCUUACUAAUUCUUAAGACAAUAAAGAUAUAUUUUGAAAGUAUAUUUUAAAUAGAUAAUGAUUAAGUGUAUAUUUGAUUAAAUCAUUAAGAAUUGUUUUAUAUUUAUUCCAUAAUGUUAAAAAUUGUGUUACUAAUGUUUUUGAUGUGUGUAUGCUGUUGUUGUUGUUUGGAAAACAGCGAUUUAUCGACUGGAGACGGAAGAGCGACCAAAAAGAAAAGUUCACUCAAGUUACUUGCUAUGAUCCUGCUGUUCGUGUUCUCAAAGGUCGCUAUCUUUAAAGCGGUGUCAGUGUUUCUCACGAUGGUACUGUUUCAAAAGAUGUUUUCAUUCGGUGGAGUGUUGUUGAAACAAUUCAUGAACAUGAAAGUUGACAAGCCAGCCCCGGUGUACGGCAGUCCGCCGACACAGAAUUACGACACGGUGGGGUACAGCUACAGCCCCCCGGAACACGAGACCUUCCAUGAAGGAUACCCUGGGAGAGAUGGCGGUACCUUUGACUGGCUUUUAAAUAAAAACAUAACAUAA